CCCGCGCUCCCGCUGCCGGGUGACAAGAGCCAGCGCCGCCGCCGCCGCCUCGGCCGCCGCUCCCUCCGUCCCUCCGCCCGGCCGGCUGGCCGCUCCCGGCCGCAGCCCCUGCCCUGCCCGCCCGCCUGCCCGCCGCACCAUGGAGUUCUCGGAGAGGAAGCGGAGCAGGAAAUCCCAGAGCUUCAAACUGGUGAGCCGAGAUUAUCACCAUGAGGUCUGUAAGAUCUCAGAAUUCAGCACCGAUGUUAAUGGGAAGGCCAAAGAGACACAACCCAUUUUUUUAGGAGACGAAAGCAUGGAAAUUAAAAAACAAAUUACAGGAAUGAGAAGAUUACUGAAUGACAGCGCUGGGAGGAUCUACCAGCGUGUGGGCAAGGAGGGGGAGAAGUUGAAAGAAGAACCCCAGGAUCUGGAUUCGAUGUGGCCUCCGCGUUUGAACCCUGUGGAGGCCCUACCGAGCCUGCACCCGUCUUCCCGGGGUGCAUGGAACGAGCUACCAGCCCAGAGCGGGCGGUUCUCAGGGCAGUAUGGUACCCGCUCCAGAACCUUCCAGAGCCAGUCCCACGCCGCCGGGAGCUCCAAUGGAGAACUUCCAGUGGUGAAUUCGUCAGUUGGAUCAAACUGCUGUACUUGUAACUGCCAGUCGACGUUGCAGGCCAUUCUCCAGGAGCUCAAGGCCAUGCGGAAACUGAUGCAGAUUCAGGCAGUUGGAACCCAGAACAGACAACAACCCCCAAUUUCCCUUAUCUGCUCCCAGCGAACUGCCGUCUCGCGCAAGAGAAAUAAAAAGAAAAAAGUGCCCCUGAAGACUGUGGAAUCUCUCACUGUGAAACAGAAGCCCAGUGCGUCAGAAGCCGAGAAGAAGGCGGUGGCGGCCCCCGAGAAUCCCAGUCUCCCCUCGGCCGAGCACACCUCCCCCAGGGAGAACCACAUCCUAGGAUUUGGCAUCGUACUCGAAUCACCAGCCUCUGAUCCAGAAGUGCAACUUGCUGAAGGCUUCGAUGUGUUUAUGCCUAAAUCUCAGCUGGACUCUAUACUGUCAAACUACACUCGCUCAGGAAGCCUUCUGUUUAGAAAACUGGUGUGUGCAUUUUUUGAUGACAAGACUUUGGCUAACUCCUUACCCAAUGGGAAGAGGAAAAGAGGACUCAAUGACAACCGGAAAGGACUAGACCAAAAUAUUGUGGGUGCAAUAAAAGUCUUCACAGAAAAAUACUGCACUGCUAAUCACGUGGAUAAACUUCCUGGCCCAAGAGACUGGGUUCAGAUUCUACAGGAUCAAAUCAAACUGGCCAGAAGAAGGUUAAAAAGAGGCUCAGCAGAGGCAGCUGACGGUGAUGAACGGCUGGACUGCGUUUCUCUACCCCCAACAGGUAAAACACAUUUCCCUUUUCAUCACCUGCUGGAAAAUACAGCCCGUGAGAAUAUUUGCAUGGAAAAUGUUUUUAACAUCAGAGAGGCAGAUGCUUGAGCAAACUGCUUCUGUAAGAGGCCCAACCCCUAGUAAUCAGAGGAGCUCAAUGCCCUGCAUUCAGAGAGAUUUUGCACAUUGAAUAUGAAAAGCUACCGUUUUUUCACAUUCUGUUUCAUCUGCCUGAUAACCUCAGAACAGCAAGUCCUAAGAACUUAGUGUCACAACGUUUUGCCUCCCCAAGCCCUGGGACAUUAAAAAAAAUAUUUUAACAUGAAAUGACAUUUCUGUUUAGAUCAGGGAUCAUCCAUUUUAUGAUGAAAUUCACAUGCGCUCUGGCCUCACUCACCUCCCUCGCAAAAACCUUUGCGAGGCAGUGUCAUUGCGCUUCCUAUAAUGGGCACCCGAUGAAUACUGUGUUUUAAGUGACAGAUUGAAUGUGCUCGAUCCAUCUAGCCUGGGUGGCACAUUCCUCACGCUGUAACCCGAUCAGCUGAAUACACCAUCUCACUGCCACACCUGCUGCAGGGUUAAGCCAUAGACUUAAUUCCAACUUCUUAUUUGACUCUCAAGUAAUCCUUCCGACCCCGGGCUCCUCCCUCUGCAUCGGUUCUCACCCGAGAGCCCGAGGGACAGGUGUCUGAUCAGUGAGCCAUGUGACCAACCCUCAGUUGGUCUCAAGACUCUUUAUUCACUUCCCUCAAAAUACCUGAAGGUUCUCUAACAACCAAACCCAGACACACCGCCCCCACCCCCCCCGCAAAAAAAAACCCUGUAAAUGAAAAAGCUCAACUCAGUGUUUUCUCUCCAUUUGGGGUGGUAAGUUUUAAGUUAGGUCUAGCAAGGAUGAGAGGAGUCGUGAGUCUGUGUAGGAACUCGGCGAGGCCCGUGUUCACAGACAGCACUUACCCUGAGUUCACGGUAUAGCAGAAAUGUACGUUAGCGAACUUCAGAGCAGCCAGAAAACUCGGACACGCAAAUGAUACGGUGCUUUCUCUGUCACUGAGUAGCUAAGCAACAGAUCGAUGGAUAAAUAAUGAAAUGACUGCAGAGGGCAAGAGCAACCGGCUUCUAUCACGUUCUCACUGUAUAUAGUCAUUAUAGAAAUUACAGAAAGGGGAGUUCUUGUUUGGCUAUGUUUCCACACUUAUGAACCAAGAGAACUGAAAUGCAUGAUCUCUAUUGUUCCUUCCCAACCUGUGCUCCUCUGAGUAUCAGGACAACUCCUAUCAACCUUGUUCUGACCACCCACUCCAGGUAGAGGCAUGAAGCAUUGCUACUAAUGAGGAAACUGUGCCCUUUCGGGAGGCCCUCUGGAGGAACACCUUGCUGUUCUAGUUGUACUUUCCAGGGUUCCUCCCCCAUCAGCCCCCAUGACCCCAGGACAUUUGCACUGCCCGUCCUGGCCACCAUCUGACACAGUGGGCUUUUAAGAAGUAUUAUUAUUGGAAAACCACUCCCUUGAAAUAAUACCUUUGCCUUUUCCUGUCUGAAGAUGGAGGCAGAGAGAUGUUUCAGAUGAGAACAUUGACAUACAGGAUGGUAGAACCACCUCAUGGAAGUGAAAAGAAUUUCCAGGAAUCUGAGAAAGAAGGCGUGUUAGAGAUCAUCUAGUCCCGUCCCUUCUUUUUAUCCAGUCCUUUUAUUUUACAGGUAAAAAAGCCUGAGGCCCAGAAACACUAAAUGACUUUCUCAAGGUCUCACAGCUGGUUGGUGGCCUGGCCGGAGCCCAGGCCUCUCAGCUCCCAGCCAGUCCACCGCGUAGCUUUCUUACACCUUCUCUGCAUGUUUCCUAAAGAUCCUAAGAGGUGAUGGAUGUCCUAAUCCCUCUAGGAUUCCAUCUCAGUGUCACCCCGUCUUCACAGUUAGAGUGUCUGGCGUAAGUCAGCCUGAAGUCCGCUGCAGCUUCAGCUCUCAGGUUCUUCCCAAGAAGACCCUACCCAAGGCCAUGAGGCCCUAAGGAGGAAAAUAGUAGGACCCCUCCUGCAGUUUUUUUCACUAGACUCCUGAUAGAUAUUUGAUACAAAUCACUAAACAGCAUGAUAAAUAAUACCACUUAUCACCUGGAAAAUGGGAAGAGACGUCACGGAUUGGUGCCCAAAUUUUGCAGUAAUGGAAUUAAACAAUCUUGAUUAGACUGGCAUGUCUCUGGAGUGCCCCUCACAUAAAAGCCCAGUCUGGGGCUUCUCUGAACACAGCACCACGACUUAGUCCUCCCCCCUUUUACGUGUCUCCUUAAUGAGACCGUCCGAGGGAUGAGCUCCACCUUUCUCGUCCAUGCAGCUUCUUCCCUGGAUUGGAGACUCACUGGCCAGACCUUCCUCAUCUGGUCUGUCUGAGCUGGCAACCGUUGGUCCUUUUUAAAGAUUUAACAGUGCCUUUAUUACCUUAUUAAGGUCUUUUUUCUCCUCCCAAAUUCAUGCGUGUUGGGAAGGGGUGGGACGGGGGAAUAAAUCCCCAAGUGUUUCGAUGAACCAGAACCGACCAGGCCACGGUUACAGUCAGGUGUCAGAUGACAUUUAUCUCAGUCCGUUAACACUUAAGCAAACUUCUGUUUGUCUAGCUUUAACAAAAAUGGAUACAGAUUUUUCGAGUGGAAAAACAUAUUUUCUUAAUUUCUUUUCCCUCGACCCUGUCAGUAAGCGUUUUUGAGCGAUGCCAGGAGUCAGCACUGAGUUAGGUUCUGGUGAACAAAUCCCACCCUCAGACCAGAGGCAGAGGCUACUACAGCCCAGGGGUGGAGACAGAGCUCUGAUAAAGGAGAAAAACCACCAUAAGGGAACAAUUUUGGGGGGGAAAGAGUACAGAGAAUAAAAUCAAAACAGUACUGAAAUUUAAAGGAGGCUUCUGGAUUUGAAAUAGAACAGUGCAGAGCGCACCUAGGCUUAGCAUUUUUUGCUCAUAAAUUGGCCUUCUUUUGCACACAUUUUAGAAAUUAAUACAGAAAAGUGUAAGGAAGAAAAUGCAAAUUACUUUUACCACCCAGAGACAACCAUUAUUGUUGGGUGUUUUUUCCCAGACUUUUCUCUAUAUUUUUUUAAUUUAUAUAAUGGAGGUCAAAUCCAUCCAAUUUUGUUUCCUAAAGUUUUGUUCUGUUUGGUUUUACCACCUAACAAGCGUUUCCCAUUUUAUUACAAAUCUCCACACACAUUAUUUUAAUAGCUGCACUAUAUUCCAUCUUACAGGCCAUAUUGUAUUUUAUUUAGCCAUUUUCUACUCCUGGAUGAUAGAUAUGAACAUACUCUAAUAGGAACCCACAUUCAUGGGUUUUCCUGUAAAAAUCAUCAUUACAGAUUUCUAAUGACUAAAAUUACUCAUUCGGCACACCUAAAGCCUUGGCUAAAAAAUACUGAUUUAGAGGUGAAACACAGACACCUUACCAAUGAGGUCCUGCGUCUGGCCAUGUCAUAGACAAGCGUACAACCCUUCCUUAGAGAAGCGGCCCCCCUUCACUUUCUUGUCUCUGUUGUAGGUCAUAUAUUUGACACCAGGAGAGAAAACACGGAAGACACAGAGACAGCUUUCACUGCCUAGACUUCCCUUUAGCGACACUUCUUAGCGCACGCAUCUCCUCCAUUGGAAUUUCCUCAAAGAUCCACUAGCAUUUCAGGUUACUGCAAAGUGUGGGCGUUCUGUGAAGCUGACCCGUCACGUUUGAAUAGUUUUCAUAUUCUUUCUUUGUAAUGUGUGAUAAUCAAGCCCCCAAUUUGGUCUAAGAUUUUUAAAAAUCAUCUUCAGAGUUGAAUUCUCAGCCUUUAAAUGUCCAGCAUAUCACUGGGUUGGUUCAAUGUCCAU